GUCCGGGACUGUUUAUUUGAUCAAUCGCUUGAUCUUAUUCGCAGCUAACCAUCAUACUAAUGGCCGUUCCACUAUCCGCAACCUGUGGACCCGCUUGGUAGCAUCCAGCUUAGCCCCAAGUUAAUUCCAUUAUUGUUGAUAAUUUUUAUUAAAUUUUAAUUACUUUAAUUAGAAUUUACUACAUAAAGUCGUCUACCAAAAUUAUAUCUUCAAUUAGAUGAAAGUAGAUAAUCAAUUUAGAAAUACCUGAACAUGAGAGAUUAAACACAAGUCAUUUAUAUAUAUUCAUGUAUAAUUGAAAAAACUAAGUUAAAUAAUAUGAAUAAACAAAGAAAACUAUCUUAAUGUAUUAUCAAUAAACCAGUAAAAUCAUCUGAACUAUUAAUAAUUAACUCUUAAUAAAUAACGUAAGAGACAUUCUUUUUAAAAUUUAUUGUAAUUCCUAUAGAUAUGUUUGUUUGAUUUUAAGAAUAUAAUGAUAUAUUAAAAUCGUUCAAUAUCAAGUGAAGAUGAUACUGUGUCAUUACGAAUGUUAUGAUUGAUAGUAGGGAAAGCAUCAUUACAUUUCUUUAAAACGUUUUUUGUUUACAAAAUCUGAUAUUUAUUUCAUCAUUAUUUGGUUUAUUUGGUGUUUUAUGUGUGUUUAUUAUUUUAUGUUGAAAAAAACUUUCUCGAUUAUUAAUGUUCAUCAUCUAUGAAAAUCUAUUUUAUGAUCGUAAAUAAAAAAUCUCUAAACAUUAUCAAUAUCAUUUUAUGUCACUAUUGACUAAACCAUAGAUAAAACAUUAAAAUAAUUGUUUUAUCUAUUUUUUCUUGUUCUUGUUUUUAGAAUAUUCUUAAGAAUAUAUUUAUUUAUUUUGUCAAUAGAAUCUACUUAGUUAUUGAUUGAGAUUUUUUCUAAUAUUGAAGGACUUAUUAUUUAUUUUAACUUGUAUAAAAACUAGAAUUCGUUUCUAAUUAAGUGGAAUGAAAUAAAUCAAGAUAAAACAUUUGAUUUUUAUUUCUUGUUCAUAACUGUCAACAUUAAUAUGUAUUCGAAUAUUGGUUUAUAGAAUAUUUACAUACUGAAAAUCUUUCGUAACAUCUUGUUUUUAUCAAUCAUUAUCUUUAGAUUAUAUUAAGAAUAUUAUUUAUAUUUUCUUUUUAACAAUAUCUUGUAGAUUAUUUUUCAUAAGGAUUUAUGUUAUUCUCUUAUUGUUCUUUGGAGGUAUUAUUCCAUAAUCUUAUGACUAUAGUUUAUUGUUUGUAUUAAUGAAUUAAUCUCACUUUUAGUUUAAUAUUUUCUUCAAUCUUAUUGGUGAUAAUUUAAUUGAGUUAUUUUUACUGAAUGAAUGAUCUGUUUCAUGUGAUUUUUAUUCAAAUUUUAAAUUAUAUAUAUAUAUAUCUUUAAUUAUAAAAAUUCAAUUAAGAAAAUGAAUGUAAAAUGAAUUACGUAUGUAUCUAAUAAAAUCCUGUAUUGGAAUUAAAGUUGAGGAAGCUUCAAUUACAAUAUAUGUACAAACAUUUCCAUCUAGAUCCACAAAUCUAUGAUAGAUAAAAUAAUUUCAAUAAUUUAUCUUUCGAAUUUAAUAAAUUCUACAAUAGAUGAUAGAUGGGUGUGGGUGUUUAUAUCAACUAAAUCCACACCCACACCCUUCUUUUAUUCUUUUUAAAGAUUAAAAUUUUAAUACAUAGGAGUACAUUCCAUAUAGUAUAAAUUAAUUCAACAGAUCGAUGUUUAUUUAACGUUGCUUUUCUGACAUUUUUAUAAACUCUGAUAGUUUUCCGAAGGCAAAUAGUCAGUGAAUGCUUGAAUCGAGGUUUUUGUGGCUUCUAUUUUCGACCAUAGAAACCGAAGCUAAAAGUCAUCGAAGAUAAAAUCUCUCCUAGGAAGAAAAGAGAGCGUUGAACGACAUCACGUAUUAAGAUCUCUUGCGAAAUCAAAUGAAAUAUAUAACGAGAAGAUAGUAAUAAUGAAAAUAAAUAAUCCAGCGACAUUAAAAAGUUUUUUCCAAACUGCAGAAAUAACUAAGAAAGAUCAUUUUUUAUAUGAUUGAAGAAACUUGGAACAUAACUGUCGUCUAUGAGAGAUUGUUUACUUGCUGAUGAGUUUUUCCGUUGGGUAUUACUGUAAUGAUUUGAAACUCUGUAAUUUAGAUUAGAAUAAUAGUAGUUAGCAAACGAUAAUAAAUCAGCUUUGGUUUCUCUAUGUUUAUACACAUAAUCCAUUAUCGAAAAUCUAUUUUUCUCAAUUUGAUAGAAUAGUAAAUUAAUCCUUUUUUGGCCUAUGGUAUUUAUAAAUACCAUUUAAUAAAAAAUUGAUUCUUUUAAACUAUGAGACAUUUAGGAAAGAGUUUCAUAUCAAUUUAAAGUCUGUAUAUUGUGUAUCUCAAAUCAACAGUUUGAAACUAUUCUUUAUCAUAAAAAUAAUAUUUUUGACGUUCUAUGAAUACAUAAUGUUAUGGCACGCACCAUAAUUCAUAAGAGAAAGCUUAGCUUGUUGUAUAUUGUUCAAACUUUUUCUGUGUAUAUUAGGGCCUAUAAGGUUGAUGUUAUUGAGAGAGUUGACCUUCCGAACUGUUAGAUUUAGCCAAAGACAAGAAAGGGUUAAAUGAUAAUUAAUAUUUUAGCUGCAGAAAGUAAUAAUAGUGAACUUGAAGAAUGUGUCAAAUCGGUUUUAAAAGACAGCGAAAGUUCAAAUAGUGAUGUUGUUUUGUUUUUUGGUGAUAGAAAAGUUCAAGAUAUAUGUUUAUUCAAUGUUUUCAAAAGAAAUUUUCUAUCUUAAUGCAAUAUUUUUAUUUGUAGCGGAUGCAAGCUCGGGAUAAAUUUCGUUAUAUUGGUGUAACAACUGUUCAUGAAUACAGAAAAUAUGUUAAAAAAGAUUCAGCAUUUGAAAAACGUUUUCAACAAGUUACGGUUAACAAAUCAUCUAGUGCUGAUUUUGUCUCAAUUGAAGAUGGUCUUAAAGAUUGUUAUGAAUUGCAUUUUUGUCGUAUGACUAACUUUCUUUAUUUCUCUACAUUUAUUUAA